ACAGCACCAACCACAACUGAAGUACCAACAACCACAGCACCAACCACCACAACUGCUGCACCAAUCAUAACUGCUGCACCUAUAACCACAACUGCAGCACUAACAACAACAUCUACUGCAACCACCACAACUACAGCACCAACGACCACAACUACAGCACCAACAACCACCACAACUACAGCACCAACCACCACAGCUAAAACAUCAACCACAACUGAAGUACCAACAACCACAGAACCAACCACCACAACCACAGCGCCAACCACAGCAACUGCAGCACCAACCACCAUAACUGCUGCACAAACCACCAUAAACGGAGCACCAACUACAACUGAAGUACCUACAACCACAGCACCAGCCAUCACAACCACAGCACCAACCACAACAACUGCAGAACCAACCACCACAACUGCUGCACAAACCACCACAAACCCAGCACCAACCACAAAUGAAGUACCAACAACCACAGCACCAACCACAAAUGAAGUACCAACUACCACAGCACCAACUACAACUGAAGUACCUACAACCACAGCACCAACCACCACACCAACCACAAAUGAAGUACCAACAACCACAGCACCAACCACAACUGAAGUACCAACAACCACAGCACCAACCACCACAACCACAGCACCAAUCAUAACUUCUGCACAAAUAACCACAACUGCAGCACUAACAACAUCUACUGCAACCACCACAACCACAGCACCAACCACAACAACUGCAGCAUCAACCACCACAACUGCUGCACAAACUACCACAAACGCAGCACCAACUACAACUGAAGAACCAACAACCACAGCACCAACCACAACAACUGCAAAACCAACCACCACAACUGCUGCACAAAUCGCCACAAACCCAGCACCAACCACAAAUGAAGUACCAACAACCUCAGCACCAACCACAACUCAAGUACCAACAACCACCACAACUGCAGCACCAACCACCACAUCUGCUGUACAAACCACCACAAACGCAGCACCAACCACAACUGAAGUACCAACCACCAACCACAACUUCAGCACUAACAACAACAUCUACUGCAACAACCACAACUACAGCACCAACAACUACAACUAUGGAACCAACUACAGCACCAACUACCACAACCACAGCACCAACCGCAACAACUGCAGCAUCAACCACCACAACUGCUGCACCAGUCAUAACUGCUGCACCAAUAACCACAACUGCAGCACUAACAACAACAUCUACUGCAAAAACCACAACUACAGCACCAACAACCACAACUACUGCAGCAACAAUCACCACAACUGCUGCACAAUCCACCACAAACCCAGCACCAACCACAACUGA